AUGAAUCCCAUUUUUGUGAUCGCUUUGACCGCCUUCCUCGUCGCUAUGGCUGUGGCAACUCCCGUUGAGCUCAACGACGAGCAGAAACAACUGAUCAAGCAACAUGUUGCACAGUGUACAGAGGAGGUCAAACUGACCGAGGAGGAGAUUGCCAAGGUGAAGGCCAAGGACUUCACCAACCCCAGCGAGAACAUCAAAUGCUUUGCCAACUGCUUCUACGAGAAGACGGGCACACUCAAGGACGGUGUUGUUCAAGAGGAGGUGGUGCUGAAGAAGCUCGGCGCCAUCAUCGGCGAGGAGAAGACCCGCCAGGCUCUUACCAAGUGCAGCGGCAUCAAAGGCGAGAAUAAAUGCGAUACGGCCAACAAAUUGUACGAAUGCUUCGAAUCCUUCAAUCCCGUCGAGAUUAAGGCUUAAAGCAACAUUUUGUUCACAUGCUGACAAAUUGUAAUUAAUUUAUGCUUGCAUUGAAAAACAAUAAUAAUAACUGUAUAUCGUAAUAGAUAAAACAAAA